UAGUGAAUACCUGUAGUCGUUUUGUUUUUUUGUUGUUCUUUCUUAGAAAUUUGCAAAUGUUAAUACACAUCUAAAUGUAUGGAAAAGUGUUUAAGAUAUACAUAAAUAAAUAUAUUCAAAGAAUUCAAAUUAUUAUCAACAAACUUAAGUGUGAGGAUUAAACAUGAGUUGAAUAAAAAAUAAACGGAGAAAUAUUUGUUAGAAAGGUCUAGCAAUUCUAAUGGCACUUUGAAAUCAUUCGGUAAAUUACGGAAAGGAUAUAUUUGUAUUAACAGGAGUAUAAAUAUUGGAAAAGUUAUUCUAUUUCGGAUUUUAUUACGGCCUUACAUAUGCAUUGGUAUUACAACUUUUUGGUGCGACGGCCUUAUCUAAUGGUCCUGGCCGUGGCCGUUUUGUGUACAGCUUGCAUCACGGUAUCCUUGACCAUGAAUUCAGUACCAGAUUUUAGUGAUCCAACAUUGGGAUUUGAAACCAGAGGCACACCGUUAGGGCAACGUUUGAGCGCUUGGAAUAAUCUUAUACAUGAGACGGGUCCCUCUGGUAGUCUGGUGACGGACCCAAAUGAUUUGCUCUUUUAUAAUAACAUUAAUAUUUAUCAUCAUUUAAAAAAUAUGCGAAAACAUCAACGUCACAAUCGAACGCACCAACGCAAAAAUCGAAAAAAACCUAAAAACUCAAAACACCAUAAAAAAGAACUACACCUGAGUAAGAAGAUAUUUUCGUUACAAAAUCGGUUUAAUAUUACAACUCGUAACAGCAAUGAAACCGAUCUUUUACCAACUCAAUGGAAUGGUGACAGUGGUGUCUUUCGUGAUUAUGAGAUUACAAAUGAUUCUUUGUCAUCCUCGGAGCAAGUGAAUCGUAGUGAACAUUUUGAAUAUGGUCAUAAUACAACAUCUAUUGAUGAAGAUUACCACCGUGAAAAGGUGCAGUCUAAAAAGAGUACAUGGAACAUUAUCAAACAAGCUCGAUUUCCGCCCAACCUAAAUGUUGGGCCACAUGUGGAAGGUUAUUUUUGCGGCUCACCCUCUAAGGAUUAUUCACACUUUGUAGUUGAGCGUAUAGGUCCUAAUGAUACGGAUUCACUUUUCGACCUUAAUAGUUUGCUAGCCAUGUGUCAAUUGCAGAAUCAAAUUAUUGCAAUACCAAGUUAUGGUGAAUUUUGUCAAAGAGAAGAACUCACUGACACCUGUUGUCGGCCAUGGUCACUACCAAAUUAUGCAGCACUAUUGGCAAAUAAGAGCUCUUGUUUCGAUUUAAACACGACAGACGUUGUUAUGCUACAGAAUUUAUUAGUGAUGUGCUUCGAGUAUUAUCAUGACCUAAAGUUAAGCAAUGAUUGCAGUAAGUUUAGCCCCUGUCAAGCUCCAAGGGAAUGCACUCGUGGAAACAUAGUAUAUAAUAUAUUACAUUUUUUAACCGAUUACAAUUUCAUUCAUAUGAAUGACACAACAGUAUUUAUGAAAUAUGCAAUGAUAUUUGUACCAGUAGCAACUACAUCCAAAAUCCUUCCGUUGUUUCAUGAAUGGGAAGAAACUGAUUUAAAAAAUGAACUUGUGCAAGUAGUAUCCAUGGAUUUGGGACUUGAAAAUGAACUAUUUAGUGAGUCCAUGCUUACAGACGUUUGGCUGGUCUCAUUAGGCGGCGUGUUCGUUAUGACAUGUAUUUGGUUGUAUACAACGUCGAUUUUCGUUACAUUGAUGGUGUGCAUUGCAGUGCUGUUUUCAUUGGGCUUAGCAUAUUUUGCCUAUACUUUAGUCUUUAAAAUGUCAUUCUUUCCAUACAUGAACUUACUGGCUGUGGUUGUAAUAAUAGGCAUUGGCGCUGACAAUGCAUUUCUCUUUGUAAAAAUUUGGCAAUGCGUUCUAGCUGAACGCUUUACUAAAUCAGCAAAGACAACUACUGCCACUCACGCAACAACAGUUAUCGAUAGUGGAACUGAGCACACAGAGACUUUGCAGAAUUUAAUGGCAUCCGCAUUUCAACAUUCAGCACUAUCAAUGUUUGUGUCUUCAUUAACCACUGCUACGGCUUUCUUCUCGUCAUAUACUAGCUCCAUAACGGCUAUUAAAUGCUUUGGCGUAUUUGCUGGAACGGUAGCGGUUACCAAUUAUUUGCUUAUGAUAACUUGGCUGCCUGCUGUCGUCUGCAUAAUGGAACGUUUAUCUGCUUGUGCCAGCUGCAAUAGUAAACUUCCUGUACAAAAGCUCUUACUAAUGUUCAACAAGUCAAUUACAAAGUUCUGUCAUCUAUACGAGACAGUUAUAACGAAGGCUGUGAUGAAUUACUCAAUAUUAUGGAUAUGCCUAUUUGGUGCGAUAGGAUUAUGCAGCACAGUUAUUGUAUUGUACGCGCCAGGAUUGCAGUUGCCGGAUAGCGACCAUUUUCAAUUAUUCUCAAGUAGCCAUCCCUUCGAAAUAUAUAACAGUAAAAUGAAAAAUGAGUUUUGGUUUGAGAAGUCGAUGUCGGCCUACGAAAAUUUUAAAUUACCUAUGCGUUUUGUUUGGGGUAUACAACCGGUUGAUGAUGGCGACUAUACUGAUCCCUUUUCUCAUGGCAACUUACAUUACGACAAUAAUUUUAAUAUAUCUACAAAGGCUGCUCAAUUUUGGUUACUAAAUUUCUGUAAAAAUAUAAGACAACAACCGUUUUACGAAGUUACUUUUGGUUUAUUGCUGCCAAAUUGCUUCAUUGAAAAUUUUAUAUCUCUAAUGGAUCGCAUGUGUAUAGAUGGCAUGGACAAUACAGAUCGCACACCUUGUUGUGAUGUAUCAAAGUUUCCUUUCGAGCCACACGUAUUCGAUAUUUGCUUACCACAAAGUUUGUCCUUACUAUACGCCACUCCGCGUGAGUUUUACACUCCUAGUGUGGCGGGGCCGAGAUUUUUGGCCGACACGCAAAGAAAUUCACUAUUACAAACUCAUAAUGCAAGUUCAAUUAGUAAUACCUCCCAACUUUCAACUUUAACACGACCACCGGUGAAAGCUUUGGUGCUUGAGUUCGAAUCGAAUGUUGCCUACACAACGGCCUACAAGGAUGUAAAAGCAUUUGUCGAAUCAGUGGAGUUGUGGCUGGCGAACCAGUUGCGGGAAGCACCGCCUGAAAUGCAAGGUGGUUGGUUUACCAGUGAACUUAAAUUCUUUGACACACAAAGCACACUUAGUCACGAUACAUUAGUAGCGAUUUCCGUUGCAAUGAGUGCUUCGCUCUUGGUUUUACUUUUGGUUACCUUGAAUGUUUUAGUAUCUUUGUAUGCGGUGAUUACAGUUCUACUUACAAUUUUUACGACGGUGUCAAUACUAAUUUUACUUGGUUGGAAAUUAAAUGUGCUCGAAAGUAUAACUGUGAAUACUGCCAUCGGUUUGGCAGUCGACUUCAGUUUACACUACGGCAUUCAUUAUCGUAUGUCGCCGACUAAAGAACGACUAGCCGCCAGCCAGUUCACCUUAUCGCGUAUUGUGGGGCCAACGUCUAUGGCAGCAGUUACUACAGGUGCUGCUGGUGCUUUAAUGCUGGCAUCAAACGUACUACCGUAUAUACAGAUUGGUUUAUUCUUGGUUAUUGUAAUGGUUGUUAGCUGGUUAUAUGGCACAUUUUUUCUCAUGAGUCUGCUUAAAACGGCCGGUCCGCAGUAUGGUUUCAUGCAAUUCAACUACCCGCUAAUGAAUAAAGGGUCAUCAACUAGUGGAAAUAAGUACUAUGAAAGAAAACAAAGUCAAGUAAUUGCAAGCGAGCAGUUACUAACACCAUCGAGUUCCGCUGUCGGCGAACUCAUAAAUUCGGAAACACACGAACUUGAGUCGCUCACAUCGAGUUCAUUAAUUAAAACUAUUUCUGGUACAGAAAGCUCGCAUCCGCUGAGUGUUGAUUUCGAACAUUCAUUCAAUAACAAACAUGAUAUAACCAGCGCCAAUUUUUCAACCGUCAACGACCACAAGAGUCCGUCUAUUGAAAGUCCUGAGUUACAUGUUACAAACUAAGAUACCUAUGGAUCUAUUUUUUAAUAAACUGUAUACGAACAAAUGCAUAAAUAUUUACUAGUAUUAGUGUUUAUUAUAAACUACAACUUACAAUGGUUAUGCAACUGAGAGCACAAAUUGCAUAUAUUCAUACAUAUAUGUAUGUAUGUAAAUAUUUUUGGGUAUUUAAAAUUAUUACAUAAUAGUUGUUAGUUUACAAGCAGGCCGUUGUGUUGCUAAAUUGCAUAUUUGAAUCAUAGCAGAUUCAACUAAAUAAUUGAAAGGCAUAAAACCCAUUAAUAUUUAGAUAAGUUAGAACAUAUUAUUUUUAAAGAGGUUCCGCACGGUCCGUGACGUACUCAAAAUGCUAGGCGGUUACGUUGUUUAUAUGUAUAUUGAGACCUGUAUUCACAUGUAACAUUAAGUAUUCAAUUACGUUGCGUUAUGCAAAUGUAUUAACAUAGGCACACAUAAUACGAAACAUAAAACAUGGAGGAAGUCUUCCGUUACAAUACAGAAGCAAUUGCAACAUAAGUAAACGGUCAUCGUUUUGUUGCUAUUUCAUUUCGUAUUCUAAACAAACUACAAUUUGUUUCCAUUUAUCUACUAACUCAUUUAAAUACUUAUAUUUUUAUGAACACAAUUUUUCGUAUUCCAAAUUUUCCAAAUAUUUUGUUAUUGUGAAAUUGUUCAGUCAAAAAAGUAUUAUUAGCUAUUAUUAGUAAUAUAAAUUAUCAUUACAUGUGUAAUGGCCAAAUGUACUUACAAUAUACUUAAUUAUAUAUAAUUCAUGAAACGUAAUUUUAGAAGCAUAUAUAUGAAAAAUUACAUUAUAUAAGCAAAGUUCUUUAUAUGUUAGUUGGUAUAAGCGUUUUAUAUGUAUGUCAAAUGUGUGUAGCGUUAAUUAGGAAUAAUAUAUAAAAUACAUCUAAUGUUGGAUUAAAUUGUUGCGUUAAUCCACAAGUAUACACUAUGGUACAUUCCUAUAAGUAUGUAUGUAUAUGAAAUCAUAUGUAGGACAAACUGUUUUGAUCUAAAUGACACUGAAUAUUAUACAUA